UUUCAAACGGCUUUGGUGGACAGUUGGCGCUCAAACGCUCAAGUUCGUGGCGCAUGUUUAUUCUGCGCCCCUAAUAAUCAGCCCAUGAGCGGCCAUGCCUCGUAUUAGGCCCGUUCAAUUAGGUUGUGUUCUGUGUGUUUUGGAACGAUUCUGGGAUGGUCCAUCUCUACUGCGCCAAACUGCGCCAAACCGAUGAUGGGCCGUACGAAAAUGCGGCUCAUAUGUGCCUAUUCUAGUCUCUACUCUUGGUAAUAAGGUUAGUGGUUUGAGUUAAUAAGUAGCCUGUCAGUAUGACUCGUUUAUAUAUAAAUUUAUCUUCCUAUGCAAGCUGUAGUUAUCAGUUCGCAUCAACAGCGCCAUUGUCAUUCUUUUUUCUCACUCUAUCCGCUUCUUCAUUCCUAUUGCCGACAUGGCAAAUUCCGUACAAACGCGAGACCCAAUGGAACCAAACAAACGCUCUUCGACAUGGUUUGGAAGUCCCAUCGGGUUGCGCCCAGACCAAACAACAUCCUUAGCCUUGCUGCUAGAAUCUCCUUCCCUAUCCUACAAUCUGAAAGUAACGGCGGCAUCACGGCAUCCACAGCAAAAUCUAGAGCAAGAAUAUGACCAUUCUGAAACCAGAACCGAUUCUCCGCUACCUACAGAGUCAAACACGGACAGUAGCAAUGGGGCUACAGGGGUGGAUGGGGAAGACGUACUAGAAGAGCUCUCAAGGCGGGCAGCCAAUUUGUUCAAACUAUUUCGCCUAGCUGCAGAGCGUGAGAGGUGUAUGGAUCAACCCAUCGAACAGUGGCUUCGGGUGGCAACGUGGUGGCUGUUGAAAACCAGGACGUACCUUAGUAUCGUCACAUACAACAAGUUACCCCUGAGCGACAGGGUUUGCCAGGAUUGCCAGAGAUAUCUAGCCAAAACCUUAUGGGUUAUUGAGAAAGCGCUGUCACUGUCGAGAGAAACACUAGAUACUGAAUUCGGUGUUAUCAAAGAUGGGCUACGGAAACUCGCGAAUACCAUGAAACAACAAAAUUUACUGACUCCAAUGGAGUCAAUCGCUCUAGUAGCACAGGAUUUCGACUAUUCUAUAAUGGUCCAAUAUCCCUCUUUUACACCAGACAUUUGGGAUGCUCUCUCUAGAAGCAAUCGGGGGACUUCAGUGUUACAAGGCCAACACCUGACAUCAUCCCACCAACUACCGACCUCAGAUCUCCUUCCACUCUCCGACACAUCGGAAACGUUUGUAUAUGCCACGAUGUUUGUUGAAGUUAUGCUGUUCGAGCGUAGCAGGGAAGCUCCGAGUUUUAAGUUCCCCUGUCUUUUAUCAGUUCGGCGGCAGAAGACGGAGAAGACUCCCGAGAUUUUAAUUGCGAGCCAAAACGCACUUCUAAGUCUGCUCAUCCCCCUCGAUUCUGACAUUAACUGGCACAUGCAACCCCAUGCACUAGAGAUCAAGGUGCGAAUGGGCGUCACUGCACGUGUUCAGCUUUCAUCCUGGGACUUUUAUGGUCUACGUCGCGUCUUUAAUUAUACCAGCCAUCUACACUUACGCCUGCAACCCUGGGCCGGGGAAGAACUCAUCUUCGAGGCUACAGCAAAAUCAGUGCAGUACACUGCUCCAAAGUCGUCGGAAAGUCAACGGUUUCCAGCUCUACCAACGCCAAAUUGUGUCGUUCGUGUUUUUGAAAACGUAACGACGGAGAUGUCAGCGUCGGGAACAUGCAAUACCCAGCGCGGAUUUCGAUUGGCAGUUAUGACAGACCCAGCUACUAGAGACCUGAGAUAUGUUUGCCAUAACAUGGGCUUUGGUAACUUGAUACGAUAUGCUCUAAUUGGAAAAGACGACAACCAAGGGCUGCAGCUUAGCUUUGGCGAUGCUGGUCAGGAGUCUUCAAUGACGCUCUAUUUUACUUCCAACCAAGAACGACUAGACUUGCUCAGAUCUAUCACAGGCCAGCCAGACACCAACGAAGUGGCAUUAACAGAUGUUGCACUCAGGUCGGUAAUAACGUCGGACGGAGUUCCCACGCCUUCUUCCACAUACGAGUCCCCAAUAAGUUCACUCGGACUACAACGGAUCCGAGUUUUCCCCAAUUCGAUUAUUAUAGAAGGCAGCCACGGCGUCCUUACAGACCGCAUCGAUGUUCGAUCUACAACGCUGAGAAUGCGCCUUCUACAUAACCUCCCGCAGAGCCCUGAUCAACUACACAUGCUUCUCGUAUACCGUCAAGAGCAAAGCGACCUCACAAUGGGCGUUUCCCAAGCCUCGAUCCCUAUAUCGACUCAGCAGUCUCUCGCGGAAGCGCUUCGCCUGGCUUCCAAGCCCGAAACUGUGCGGGCAUACCAAUUCGAGCAUCUUCACGAGCUGCACAGAUUCCAGGCCGCCCUAACAGGCUCCACCGUCGGCUACGAUGGCUAUGCAGCCUCUUUCAGCAUUGCGCGUCGGCGCAUGUUGGUCCCAGUGUACACGCAGUGGAAAGCGUCGAUCGUGCGUCUCCAGAUCGUCUGCUCGGCAAACGGCAAAGUCGUGAAGCUGGCGGCGUUCUUCAAGGAUUUUAGGCACGCAUCAGCUAUGAUUUUCGAGGUGAAGCCGACGGAUGUGUUUGAGUCGUUUACGAGCCGACAGGGGCGAUUCGGUGUACGACUUGUGGAUGCCAAGUUUGCGAUGCCUAGGAAGACGGCGCUGGCUGAUGAUGGGAAUGAGGGGUUUUUGGAUUUCCGUACCCUUGAGUAUCCGGGCGAGCAUGAUGAUAUUAUGAUCUCUUUCGAUGUUAAAGAAGAGCGUGAUAAAUUUGCAGAGUUCUUGCCAGCAUUAGUUAACAGGCUGCAUAAAGUGUAG